AAGAAAAAUUGGUGGAUUUCAAAGAAUCAAGCAAUCAAAGGUGCCGAAUCCUCUAGCAAGGGCAAAAAAAUCGCACUCUAGGAGUAAUAGUUGGAGUACCCGAAUUUAGUUUUCAGAAACUCAGGCUUGAUUUCCUCCUUGGGCUAAGGUAUUAUUGGACUAUUCAAGCCCAAACCAAAAAACAAGUGCAGCAGGCCCUUUAGGCCCAGACCGAAUUGGAGGAGACCUUUGAAGCCCAAUGAAGCUUGAACCCAUUUGGAGCUGUGGGUUAGUUACAACCCAAUAGGCUACAAUAUAUAAGAGUACAAAGGAGAAGGACGUGGGUGGUUGCUGAGUAGAAAAUUAGAUUUCCAUUAAGUUUAGUCUUUGCUGAUGGCUACAAAUGAAAGAGUUCGCAGGGCCAUCAAUGCAACAGGAGCUUUAGGUAUUCCUGAGCAAGAGGUGAAACCAGUGCUGGAGCACCUCCUGAGACUGUUUGAUGAGAACUGGGAACUAAUAGAGUCAGAAGACUACCGGGCACUGAUAGAUGCAUAUUUUGAGCUCAAGGAAGAUAAAGGAGUACAAGAUAAGGAAAAUGUUGUUGUGGAGCAUGGUGGGUCUAGCAGAUUGUCUAAACGAUUGCGCUCGCAAGAGCCGGAAGAUCAGGCUUCAUCUACAAAGGGCAACUCAAGCCAAAUAUUAUCUCCUGAAGAGAAUCAAAAGCCUAUGGUAAACCUUCGAGAGGGAGUUACAUUUUUGAAGAAGAAGGAUUCAGUUUCUUCUGGGUGUUCAAAUUCAUGUAACAAAGUUCAGCAGCAAUCUGUUACUUGCGAAAGGAAAAGGCCCUUCCGUAUCAUCAGUGACAUAACGAAAGGCACAGAAAAUGUGAAAAUUUCAUUGGUAGAUGAAAUUGGCCACCAGGACCUCCCAAAGUUUACUUACAUGCCUGGUAAUGUAAUAUAUCAAGAUGCUUAUGUGCAUAUCUCGUUGGCUAGGAUUGCAGAUGAGCAUUGCUGUUCAGGCUGUUCAGGAGACUGUCUUUCAUUGCCAAUACCAUGUGCUUGUGCUCAUGAAACUGGUGGAGAGUUUGCUUACACACCAGAAGGUAAACUAAGAGAAGAAUUUCUGCAAGCCUGUAUGUCUAUGAAGCAGGAGCCUCAGGAGCACCACUUUGUUUAUUGUCAGGAUUGUCCUUUAGAGAGGUCUAAAAAUGAGCAUAAGCCUGAUAAAUGCAAUGGCCAUUUGGUCAGGAAAUUCAUUAAAGAAUGUUGGAGAAAAUGUGGAUGUCACAUCCGGUGUGGAAAUCGAGUGGUACAGAGAGGUAUUGCAUGCAAAUUGCAGGUAUUCUUGACUGGUGAAGGAAAAGGUUGGGGUGUUAAGACUCUCCAGGACUUGCCUAAAGGAACCUUUGUUUGUGAAUAUAUUGGGGAGAUCUUGACCAACACUGAGUUAGAUGAGCGGAAUAUGAAGAGCAGUGGCAGAGAGAGACAUACUUAUCCAGUUACACUGGAUGCAGACUGGGGCUCAGAGAGAAUUCUAAAGGAUGAAGAGGCACUUUGUUUGGAUGCAACCUUUUGUGGAAAUGUUGCUAGGUUUAUUAAUCAUAGAUGCUUUGAUGCAAACUUGAUUGACAUUCCAGUUGAAGUAGAGACCCCUGAUCGCCAUUAUUAUCAUCUUGCUCUUUUUACUACUAGAGAUGUGAGAGCAUCAGAAGAGCUAACAUGGGACUACGGGAUUGACUUUGAUGACCAUGAGCACCCAAUAAAGGCAUUCCAAUGCCAUUGUGGAAGUGCAUUUUGCCGAGAUGUUAAGCAAAAACGAACGAGAUUGGCAAUGCGUCGAUGAACUGUUGAUCAAUGGAUGAAUGAAACAGUACAGUUCUUUUCUUUUAUUCUUUUUGCUCUGAGAGAGAUUAAAAGUUCAGACUUCAUGAUUUCAGUGAUUAAAGGCAUGGAAUUCAUUCAAAGAGCUCGACAGUCGACAAAGUAUCAUACUGUUGCAUGGACUUGCUGCCUUCACCUUUGCAAUAAGUAACAGCUAUCAUUUUCCAAAAACUGUACAGCUAAAUAAGAACUACAGCAUAGCAAAUAACUAAAAUGUUUUUAAGGAUGUUUAAUGCCAGGGCAUUUUUAUGGAAGCUUGUUGUAAAGCAGGGUUAUCCUUGCCUUAAUAGGAGAUACUAGUUAGCAUUUACUUGUGUUGUUUCAGACGCUUUUGUAGAUUUUAACUUCGAUAAUCCAUUUAUACAAGGUUUCCUUUUAAUAUUUAGUAA